CUUAUAUUACGGUUCCAAAAUCCAAUAAUAUCAAGCACCAAAAAUGGCUAAUUGAAAUUUUACUACAACCUUUUCUUUUUUUCCUUCAAACUUAGACCAUUUUCUUCAACCCCAAAAAAACCUUUUUUUUUCAAAGAAAAAUAAAAAUUGCAACUUUCUUAUCCAUAUUGUUCUUCAUCAUUAUCAACUAUGAAAAUUCUAAAUAAUUUAGCAACAAUAUUUGUUGUUCUAAUUUCAAAUGUGAUUAUUGGAAAAGCUGGGCAUAAUUCUCAUCAUAAACAUGUGGCUCCUCACCAUAAGGUAGCAAUUGGUGCUCCUGAAUUAACAGAAAAAAUUGGCAGUAAUCGCACAAUUGUUGUUGAUCCUAAUGGAAAGGGAGACUAUAAAACUGUUCAAUCCGCCAUUAAUGCAGUUCCUGAUGGAAAUCCAAAUUGGAUAUUAAUUCAUCUUAGGAAAGGAGUUUACAGAGAGAAAGUACACAUACCUCGAUCUAAACCUAACAUAUUCAUGAGAGGAAAUGGUAAAGGGAGGACGUACAUUGUUUGGUCACAAAGCUCUACUGACAACAUUGAAUCUGCAACUUUCAAGGUUGAAGCCCCUAAUUUUGUUGCGUUUGGAUUAAGUAUCAAGAAUGAUGCACCAACUGGAGAAGCAUACACCUCACAAAAUCAAUCAGUGGCCGCAUAUGUAGCAGCAGAUAAGGUUGCAUUUUACCAUUGUGGAUUUUUCAGUACUCAUAACACUCUCUUUGAUCUAAAGGGCAGGCAUUACUAUGAAGCAUGUUAUAUUCAAGGCUCCAUCGAUUUCAUCUUCGGUCGUGCUAGAUCCCUAUUCCAUGAUUGUGAGAUAUUUGUGCUCGUCGACCGUAGGAUAAAGAUCCAUGGCUCAAUCACAGCACAUAACAGGGAAAGUGCAAACGAACCAAGUGGAUAUGUGUUCAAUAAAGGAAAAAUUUAUGGCACAGGACAAGUUUACCUAGGUAGAGCUAAAGGUGCCUACUCAAGAGUAAUCUUUGCAAAUACUUACUUUUCUGGAACAGUUACUGCUGAAGGAUGGACUAGUUGGAGUUAUGAUGGUUCCACUGACAAUUUAUAUCAUGCGGAGUAUGCAUGCCAUGGACCUGGAUCAAGCACAGGAGAACGAGCUCCAUGGAGUCGUCGUUUAAGUGAUGAAGAAGUAGCUCCUUUUCUAUCUAUAGACUUCAUUGAUGGCAAGCAAUGGGUACCAGCAUGGCUGGAUUAAUGUGUGUUUUCCAUUCAUUAGUUGAGCUUUGAUAAAGAGAGUUGGUUGUAUAAAUAUGUAUUACACAACUUUGAUCAACUAAAACAAAAAGAAGCUAAAAGGGGUUCAAAUUGAUUCAACUUUUUCAUGUAAACUCCAUUUCAAUCAUUUUAUUAAAUGGAAUUGAAAUUGAGUGUUAUUGCUAUACAUAAAAUUAUUUUCUUUUGCUUCUUUUGGAG